CUUUACUGCCCACUGGGUUUAACUCACCUUCGAUAACAAAAAAACUAUGGAAUAACAAACAUGGCAAAGAAAAGGAGGUCGUGUUUUCUUGCUGUUGUUUGUCUCGUGUUACACAUCAGUGUUGAAGGGGCUCCAAGGCAUCAUCACCAUAAACAAGAUUUACGAAGAGCUCAUAAAGAAUACGAGAAUCCAAAAUCCAGAAGUUAUAUCGACAUUGAUGCGUCGGAUCCUUUCAAAGUACCUAAAAACAGCCAAUACGUAGAUCAACCUGUACCUGAAUAUUCAAAACCUGUAGAAGAAAAAGAACAGCAGCAUGAUGACGAGGCCGACGGAAGUCAACCGGAUGAGCAAUCUCCCAAAAAUUUUGAUAAUAUACAAGAUGAUCUGAAGAAAAUGGGCUUAGGAAGUAUUGAUAAUGGUGCUACUAUUAACUCUAACGACGAACAAAAAAUUGAAAAUAAUGCACCAGAAGAACAACCAAUCGUAGAGCAGGAUAAUGCAAACGUCGAUGCCACCAAAGCAAUCGAAAUUGGUGACGUUGGUCAAAACUAUAAAAAUUUAGGAGAACCAAGUUCGAGACAAAGUGUUGAAAAUACGGAGAAUGUAGAAAAUGCGGAAAAUGCAGAAGAAGGACCACCAACUGAACGUUAGAAACUGUUCUUUUUUGUCGAUGCAAUCAAGAUAACCGAAAGCAAGGAUUUAUCCGUAUUUCCCUUUUUUUUUUCAGUCGAGUCUCUCCAAAGCAGUGUCUACGUUGUAGACCGUAAUCAGUUCUCCUACACAGUGCUAGGGUCAAGGGUUGUUACAGAUCAAACACAGCAACGCCUAUAAUCAUAUAUUAACACAUUCACUAAUUUUUGUUUUGUAGUAUCUUUGGUGUAUUCUUGCAAAGAAUUAUAUAUGUUUAAUAUUGUUAAAAA